GUUUCACAUCUAGAGAAUGCAUAAAUAUGUAGAACUAACUAGUUAGUUCUAACCUUUUAGGAAUGGCUGUGGAAGCCCAAAUAAGCCCAAUUUCACUUCAGCAACUCCUGCGACUGAGCUCAUUCAUUCACCUCCGUGGCUCCAUCAUCGAUUCAAAAACUUUAAUGACGCGAUUACCUUCAUAACCAUUGAUAAAAACACGGUUCAAAUGCUUGCUUCCCGGUAGGUUCGCGCUUUGAAAAGACAGAAUCUCUAAAAAGGACGAAGGACACCAGACGCCAGCAGCGCAUCUGGUGUAGUGGUAUCAUAGUACCCUCCCACGGUACUGACCGGGGUUCGAUUCCCCGGAUGCGCAUGCCUCUUUUUAUUUUUGCCAUUUUAGUUUUUGCUGCCCCAAUAAAGUCGUCCUAUUUAGCAGGAUAAAGUUUUGCUCCGUCUAAGAUUUGCAGCUUCUCUAUGAACUCAAAGUCUUGCACUUUAACCAUUCAGUGAUGAUACCUAACCCUCAGCUCAGCGUCACAGCUGAAAGAAUCAUUCUUCUUCUACAAAAAUGCAUUUCUCAGACUCAAAUCCACCAAAUCCAAGCCCAACUCAUCCUCCAUAAACUCCAUUCUAACACCACUGUUGCUCAUCAUUUCAUCACUGCUUGCCAGAAUCUAUCCCUCUUGCACUCCUCUCUCCCACGUUUCUUCUUUACCCACCUCCCUAAACCCCAUGUUUUCAUUUGUAAUAAUCUCUUAAGGGCCUUUUCUCACUGUCAAGUUCCUUAUAUUCCUUAUUCAAUAUAUUCCCACAUGCAUAACAACUCCAUUCUUCCUAAUAACUACACCUUCCCUUUUCUUCUCAAGUCCUUGUCCGACUUUAAGGAUUUCAAACAAGCCCGAUCGGUACAUACCCAUGUUAUAAAAUUUGGUCACUUAAAUGAUAUUUAUGUCCAGAACUCUUUGCUAAAUGUCUAUGCCUCAUGUGGUCAUAUGGGGCUGUGUCGACAACUGUUCGAUGAAAUGCCUGAUAAAGAUGUUGUCUCGUGGACUGUUUUGAUUAUGGGGUAUAGGAAUGCUGGGGACUAUGAUGAUGCGCUGAUUGCUUUUGAGCAGAUGCAAUAUGCGGGUUUAGUGCCUAAUCAUGUUACCAUGGUGAAUGUGUUGGGUGCUUGUGCAAGUUUUGGGGCCAUUGAAAUGGGUAUUUGGAUACAUGAUUUUAUAAGGAGGAAUAGGUGGGAGAUAGAUGUGAUUUUAGGGACUUCUUUGAUUGAUAUGUACAUGAAAUGCGGGAGAAUUGAUGAAGGUUUGAAUGUGUUUAGAAGCAUGAAAGAGAAUAACAUUUUUGCUUGGAAUGCGGUUAUUAAAGGACUAGCUUUUGCUAAAUGUGGGCAGGAGGCUGUUCUGUGGUUGAAUAGGAUGGAGGAAGAAGGAUUAAACCCGGAUGAAGUCACUUUGGUGAAUGUGCUUAUUGCUUGCAGCCAUGCAGGGAUGGUCGAUAUGGGCAAACAGAUAUUUAGGUCAUUGAUCAAUGGGAAAUAUGGAUUUCCACCUAAUGCCAAGCAUUGUGCAUGUAUGGUUGACCUGUUUGCACGAGCUGGGCAACUUGAUGAGGCUUUUAAAUUCAUCAGAGAAAUGCCUUUUGAGCCUACAAUUUCUAUGUGGGGAUCAUUGCUGGCUGGCUGUCGAGCUCACAGAAACUUGGAAUUAAGUGAAUUUGUGGCUAAGAAGCUUGUGGAACUGGAGCCAGGGAAUAGUGCUUAUUAUGUAGUUCUCUCUAACGUGUACUCAGAGAUGGGUAGAUGGACCGACGCUGCAGAAGUAAGGGAAUUGAUGAAGAAAAAGGGACUUAAGAAGGACUUGGGCUCUAGUUCUGUAGAAUCCAAACCCAGGGAUAUGAUCAUGAAUUACUAGUCCGAGAAGUUCCAUUGUGUUUGAAGCUUGAAUACAUAGAAAGUGAAAUCCCUUUUGUUGGGAUGGAUGUUUGAUAGGCUCAUUAAAUGUGAUCAUGCUGGCUCCAGGAUUGAACAAUUGAUAGAAAACGUUUUCUGGAUCCUCUGGUUAACGGGUUUAUGAAUAUAGGGAACGAGGGACUGAUCUUAUUUUCUAACUAAUGCUGCCUUGCUGGCGAAACAACUUCUCUGAAGAUCCUAUUGAUGUGUAAAUCAUUCUUUCCUACAUAAUUCUUAAACUCUUUGAUGGAUCUCUCAAUUUAGGCUAUUUUAAUGUUUCCUGC